CUGAAGCGUCGGUUGUGUCGCAGCAGGAAAUUGAUGAGCUUUUAAGUGGAGUCACUGCUGUGCCUGCACUGUCAGCCUCAUGUGCGGCUCCUCUGGCUGAAUCGUCUCUUGUGGGCUAACAGCAGAGUGUCAGUAUGGCUGAAGCACCUGCAUCAGGACUCAGAGCUGAAGGAUCCAGAUGCUUCACAAAGGACAUGUUCACCAGGGCUCAGAUGGAGAAGGUUUCAGGACUUAAAGCUGAACUGCAGGGUGUGAAACGGAGGAGUGAGACACAAAGUGAUGAUGGGAAUCAGAGCAGAGAGAGUCUCAGGAUGGUGCUGAUUGGGAAGACUGGCAGUGGGAAGAGCUCUUCAGGAAACACCAUUCUGGGAAGAAAGGAGUUUAAGGCUGAAUUAAGUCAAACAUCAGUCACCAGACGUUGUCAGAAAGCACUUGGUGAGGUGGACGGUCGUCCAGUCUCUGUGGUCGACACUCCUGGUUUGUUUGACACAACUUUGUCUCAUGAACAAGUGAAUGAUGAGAUGGUGGAGUGCGUCAGUCUUCUGGCUCCUGGACCACACGUCUUCCUGUUGGUGUUCAAUAUUCAGGCAAGAUUUACACAAGAGGAGAAGGAGACUUUAACAAAAAUCAGGGAAGGCUUUGGGAAGAAUUCUGAGAAGUUCACCAUCGCUCUGUUAACUGGAGGAGAUAACCUGGAGGCUGAUGGGGUAUCAGUUGAAGAAUACGUUAAAAACAAAUGUGAUGAAUCAUUUAAGAAAGUGAUUGAUGACUGUGGAGGAAGAUACCAUGUGUUUAAUAACCGCACAAACAACAACACACAAGUCAGAGAGCUGAUAGCCAAGAUUGACUCCAUGGUGAAGGAAAAUGGAGGCAGCUGCUACACUAAUGACAUGCUACAGGAGGCGGAGGCAGCAAUAAGGAAAGAAAUGGAGAAGAUCCUGAAGGAGAAGGAGGAAGAGAUGAAGAAAGAGAUGGAGGAGCGUCAAAGAAAACAUGAUGAAGAAAUGAAAGCAAUGGAAAGAAGAAUAGAGGAACAGAGAGAAGAAGAUCAAAAGGAGAGAAAACUGAGAGAAAAACAACUUAAAGAAAUGGAGGAGAAGUUUACUAGAACAAUGGAGAACAUGAUGAAGAAACACGAAGAGGACGCCAGAAGGAAAGCUGAAGAGUUUAAUAAAUUUAAACAGGAAAACAAAAAGAAACGACACAAGUGUUCCAUUUCAUGAGGAGAUUUGUUUUCUAACUUCAGCACAGAGCAGUUUGAGUGUCGGCUUCAUUUGGUUAACUGAAAAGAAGGAAAGAUUUCACUGUAGUGUUUUGCAGUGGACUAACUUGUAAUCAAACCAAAGCCACAGAAACACCUCAGACUGUCAGGUGUUCCAGUCAGCAGCCUCUUCAACAUCAAACUGUUCGUAACCACAGCAACAGUACUGACGCUUCAGGCUUUAGCAGUUAGCACAAACUAUAAGGCUGUUCCAUAACUACAACAAAGACCACAUGUAGUUAUUAAGUAUGUAAUUCCUUUAUUGUUGUUUUCUUUUCUCUUAAUGAAAAACGUGAUGAUGAUGAUGAUGAUGAUGAUGAUGAUGAUGAUGAUCUUUGUUUUCUUCUGAAUCUGAGACAAAAUGUGAUGUUUGUGUUGUGAGUUAAAUGUUUUGAUGUGUUUUUUUCUGUUUUCUGUGCAGAUCACAAAUAUCAGAGCAAAUGUUAAAUAUUAAACAUGUUAAACCACUCAUGAUGAUGACACAGAUCGACAUUAUAGACAGGGAAUAAUUCAGAUGGAUCUUCAGUCUUAUGUUCUGUAUUUGAUCUUUGGGUCCUUUAUCAUUCUAAAAGAUGAAUAAAGUGUUUUACUGCUG